AUGAGGCAGGCCGCGAAGGACUGCGACCGCAUGGAGAUGGUCAGGAUGGUCACGGGGCCCCAACCCGGCGAGACGGCGAGCUCGCGGCCCGAGCUCCACGGCUACGAGGUCGGCUACCGCUUCGUGGAGCGCAUCGCGCAGGCCCGCGCGCUCGCCGCGGACCACCUCGAGGUGAUCAAGUUCAUCUGCAAGGACGUCUGGAACGAGAUCUUCGGCAAGCAGAUCGACAAGCUCCAGACGAACCACCGGGGCGUCUUCGUCCUCAAGGACUACACCUUCCGCUGGCUCGCGCGCGUGAGCUCCGACGACGCCGAGGCCAUGAAACGCGUCACCGCGAACAUCCUCCAGUUCCCCUGCGGCGUGCUCCGCGGCGCCCUCGCGAACCUCGGCAUCGUCGCCACGGUGACCGCCGAGUACGGCACGCUGCCGAGCUGCUCCUUCUCCAUCCGCAUCCAGGGCAACGACGCGCGAUUCGACAAGGCGUAG